CAGACGUCAAGAAAUGCGGCCAGCUGAAGAGGGGAGCUUCGAGACCCCCGCAAGUCCGGGAUGUAAGGAUGUGACAACUCCCGAGGCCGAUGGCCUCUAUCUAAACCAAACCCCUUCAGCAACACCAACCACCCAUCUGGAUAGAUCCCUGUUGUCAAUCUGAAGCCAGUUGUUUCUAGGCGCGCUACCCAGCACAAUUGCUUUCCACCUCCUCAACCUCGACAAGCCAAAUCCUCUCCGUCCGAUUUCUCAACCCUUGGAAGCUAUCCUGCCCAAUUCUGCCGAAUCGUCAAAAUGCAGCGCCCCAUUCUCCUCCUGUCCCUUGUGGCUUCCGCCGCCGUUGGUGUCUUGGCAGCCGAACUCAAGAUUGACGUCACGCAAGAGGUAGAAUGCGAACGCAAGACACAGAAGGGCGACCAGGUUGAGAUGCACUACCGCGGAACCCUCGAGUCCAAUGGCAACAAGUUCGAUGCCAGCUACGAUCGAGGCAAGCCUUUUAGUUUCAAGCUCGGAAGCGGCCAGGUCAUCAAGGGAUGGGAUCAAGGGCUUCUGGAUAUGUGUAUUGGCGAGAAGAGAACCCUCACCAUCCCCCCUGAGCUCGGCUAUGGCAAUCGCGGCAUGGGCCCCAUCCCCGCAGGAUCGACCUUAGUCUUCGAGACGGAACUCAUCGGCAUCAAGGGCGUCCCCAAGCCCGAGUCAAUUGUGGUCAAGGAACCAAGCAGCGCCAGCUCGACGGUCAGCGAAGCGGCCGACACGGCAGCCGAGGGCAUCGCCGAGAAGAUUGCAAGCAAGGCCGGCGAGGCGGCUGAGGCGAUUGGCACGAUGCUCGUUGACACUGAUGAUACUCAGGAGCACAACGAGCUCUAAGUGCGCAGGACGGAAAAUGACUGCAUGCUACGAUGUAUAUGAAGAACACGAGGGAUUGACCUUGUCAAUGGCGGCUACAUGGCAAUGCGGUGGCGGAAAUAAGCGGAAACCCGGAUGAACCUCUUCUGGGCUGCGUGGCCUGUCUCGCUUGCUUGCUGUGCGGUACCAUUAGAGC